AUGGUCAACGGGUUUACAUUUGGAAAACAUUACAAGAUGAGAACAGGAGCGCGGUGGCAGUGCACCCAAAAUCAAUCCAGAGCUUGCAAGGCGUAUCUUGUGUUGGACAGUGAAAAUCGUAUUAUCAAAUCAAAUACUGAGCAUUCGCACGACCCUCCGACCGGCUUCAUUCGCACAGACAGUGGGAAAACUUUACUGAUGUUCAACGACUAUACGUAUUCUAUGCACUACCGUUUGAAGUCAGGCAUCCGUUGGCAGUGCAGCAGGCAUUGCUCCAAGAAAUGCAAUGCCUAUGUUAUUCUUAACGAGUUUGGUGUUGUUAUAAAAAAGGAAGUUUGUCAUACACAUGAACCGUGGAAGUAUCACCGGGAUAUGAAAUAUAUAAAAACUUUCAAAGGCAACGUAUUGGCGGUGUACAAUAAAUUUUUGUACUUCAAAGACUUUGCUGCGACGCGGAAUACGAUGCAGGUGUACAAGAAAAACUUCGAUGAAAUACGGUUACCGUUGGAGCUGCACCCAGAUGGGCUCCAGGUCGUGCAGAGGUUUCCUCCACGUCACAAACGAUAUGCUGGUGGUAAGAGCGAAAACGGAACAUACUCAUUCACCAGCGUCUUACUUCCUGGAAAACUUUUCACAGCCGAGUUUUACUUACGCCCCAAUGGUCGCAUCAAUCUUCGCUUAAAUAACUUUACAUUCUACAAACAUUUGAAAGCGAGGUCCAAUGCUCAUCGUUGGAGUUGCACUGCUUAUGGUUCUAAAUGGAAGUGUAAGGCUCAUCUCAUCCUCACGGAUAAAUUGGAGGUUCUUAAAGCUAACGUCGCCCACAGCCAUCCUCCCAACAAACACAAUUUAAAAGGGAAACCAAAUUUUCAUUUACCUGUUAACAAUAUGUUUAACGUCGUCAAACAAAAUGGAGCAGGUCUCAUACAUGACUCUUUUGAUGGAAGUUACCAUUCUCCUUUACACGACUAUUUGGUAGCUCAUAGCGUUUUUAGAAAUGAGUAAUUUAGUUCGCAUUACUUCAAAUUGUAUUUUGUAUCAUUUAUACUUUAUUAGUAUGUAGGAUUUGUGAGAUUAGGACAGUAACGUAAUACAUUUUAAAAAAUAUCGGUGUAAUAGAAAAGAACGCUUAUGAUAGACAGUGGUGUUUGGAAGAUAGAUUGUACAAGUACACUACAAUAGGAAUAAUUUGCGAAACUUAACUAAAAAAAAAAAAAAAACAGUUUGAAUAGAAAAAAAUGUCGCAAUUUCAUUGAAUAAAAAGUGUAAUGAUGAACUACAAUAUCGAGUAGAAUAUAGUUUUAUAGUUGAGAGAAUUUUUAUAUUAUUCUCAUUAUCUAUUGCCGUUUAUUUUUUUCAUAUAAAACUUCCCUUCUAGGUUAUUUAUCAAAUUAUUUGUUAAAAUGAAUUUUAGUUUCAAUAUAAUAUUUUUUCCAAAUUUCAUUUCAACAUGAACAGGAUGGUCGGAUGACGUUAAAUGAAUUACUUGGUCUUUACCGUAACAUGUUUCCUUCAUCCUCGGAUUCUUCAAACGUAGCCUGAAAAAGUAAAUAAUAAUCCGGCGAAGUGCGGUUAACCGUUAAGACUAAAUAAUUUCUUUUUUCGGUUGUUCAUAUUCAUGGGCCAUGUUGUCUCUGUGUUCGUUUACGAUGGUGUGAUCACAUGUCGUGCUAUAAUGAAAAAGGGAAAUAUGUAUGUUGUAUUGAGGAUUUCAAUAAAAAUCAGUUUAAACAUUUUUGUUACUACUCGUACUACACAAUGUUGUAUGGAAAAGAAUGAAAAACUUUACUGAAAACAUUAUCAAUGUUUGUUCUUUUUUUUUUUUGUAAUUUGAAUUAACAAAAAUAUUGAAAAAUCCUAAUCAUUAUUAAUUUUUUAAUUAUGUGACUGAAUGUAAGUUUCUAAAUUAAUUACUGCAAACUUUAAUAUGUUUUUAAAUUAUUCAAAAACAUAAUACAUUUUCAUAGUUUUUAAAUUAAAAAAAGUGCCUUAGCGUAGUACGUGUCCUUGUUAGUAUAAGUUUUAUACAUGUAAUAAUGUUAACGAUAGGAAACUCUCAGUAGUGUUUAAAUUUGUGUGAUAUAAAAACUGCAUUUAGCAACGUACCCAGUAUUAUUGUGUGAUUCUCUACAUAUAUUUUUGGAGCUAAUACUAUAUUAUAAGACUGCAUGCUUUUUGUGAUAAAUAUUGUAUCUCAUAUAUUGGAUCUCGUUGUCAAAUAUGACUACAUAUUUGAGUGGACUGUGUUUUAGAUUAUAAAUGUAUUGAGACGACGCCUGCGUUUGCAGUUCUGGUAUAUUUUGUUACCAAUAUAUCGAAGUAUAAAGAAAUCCUUCUAAGCGAUAAGUUUGCAUGUUUACUUUUGUUUUCUAUGUAACCAGUUUUUCUUGUUUCAAAUGUAAGCUUAUACAAGCAAACAAACAAGCUAUCUUCGUAUUUUUGUCUUCAUAUCAGGCAGCGUCUUGAAUAAGCAGCUUAUCUUUUAGGUUUAACGUGUGCAUGACAUUUUACAUUAGUUAUAUCAUUAUUUUUAUUAUUUCUUAUGAUUUGCUGAUUUAUUAAAAUAUAUGCAUAAUUGGACUUGUUAUUAUUUAGAUUACCUAAUGUUACUUAUUUACGUAAUGACAAUUUAUCAAUUAUUUUCAUCUAUAUAGCAAAAAAUAAUUAAAGAUGCUCUAAGACAAUUUUAUGAGGUAAUCCGUUUAUUACAUUUGGACCUUAUAUUACAAAGCAUACGUUACAGAUUUGAACGGAAAUGAAACUGGUGAACUUAUAGAACUUGUCAAUGGAAAACAGUUACUAAUUGUAAACGGUUAUCCAUUUUAUAAGAAAGCGACACUAGCGAAAUAUUCUGGAUUUGCUGAGCGCUGGUGCUGUACUAGAUCCGACUGUACGACAUAUCUUCAUGUCGGUGAAGAUUUUGAAGUUCUUAUGCAGAAACACGAACAUAAUCAUCGUCCUACUAUAUUUAGAAGGUUGGCUACGGGGAAGUAUGUUAGAUUAUAGGAGUUGGAAAGAUUUGUCGCAUAUAUUGUUCUGUUAAUGUUAUAAUUGUGAAAGUUUAUAUGUGAUGUUUGGAAAUUUGCUAUACAAACUAGAGCAUAGAUCAAAACAGGUUAUUAUACCUUACUGUUUAUGGUAUAACUUCUUUCUUCUAGAAAAGAGAAGAAAAUGCACAGUGAAUUUACGUGGGGGAAGACAUAGAAUGCAACUAGUGAGACACUCUCACUAGUGAGUGAAAGAGUUGAGAAAUACCUAUUAUUUAGAUUAAAAAAAAAUAUUUGUUCAAAUUAUUUGAUGUUGUUAAAUUUGUUGUUAAAUUAAAUCGUUAUACUAUGUC